CGUUCGUGUGUGAAGGGCCCCCGGGUCCCCCGGGUCCCCCAGGACCUGCCGGGAUUCCCGGUUCUUGUCCUCAAGGGUUCCCGGACCAAUUAAGAGACAACACUGUGCAAGCUCACAUUCGCCGACUCAACAUUUCUGAUUCUGGGGCUUCAGUACGCUCAGUCCCAAAACAUGACACCUUGAAUGUCAACGAGACCACUGGACCACACAUCCACCCAUCCAAUGGGUUUGACUCAGAGGCCUCAGAAAAGCUUUCCAAAAAGCAUGUGGAAGAAGCAAUCAACACAGAGAAAACUGUCCCACAGGAUGUAGAAAAAGCAAUGUACAGACCAACAACUGAUGCAGAGGUUGUGGCAAGAGCGUCAUUGGAUAAAGAGAAUGUGGAAGAAGCUAAUUACAGACCGACAACUGACAAAGAGGUUGUGCAAGAAGCAAAUUACAGACAAGAAAAUAAUAAAGAGAUGGUGGAAGAAGCCAAUUACAGACAAAAAAUGGACGGCGAGAUUUUUAAGGAAGCAAAUUACAGAACAAAAUCUGUCUUAGGGGUUGUAAAAGAAGCAAUAUACAGAACAACAACUGACACAGAGAUUGUGGGAGAAGAAAAUUACAGACAAGAAAUGUAUUCAGAGAUUGUGGAAGAAGUCAAUAAAAAACCAAAGUUAAACACAGAUAUUGUGGAAAAAGCUAAUAACCUAGGAAAAACUGACAUAGCCAUUGUGAAAGAAGUGCCCUCAAAAAAAAACAACACUGAGAUUGUGGAAGAAGCAUAUUUUAGGAAAACUGAAUGCAUUAUCAAAAGCAUAACAUGCUCCACAAAUGUCAUCAAAAUGGAAACUACAUUUGGUGUUUGGAUGCAAGAUGCUGCUGAGGUAAAUGAUGAACAAAUGUGGACGGCAGAACACUUUUCAGGUCGGGUUGUGCAAGAGUACAAGAGUUUUGCAUCCUUUCCGGAUAGCAGCAGUAGGACCAUUGACAUCAGGAAAUUCCACCAGGGCUGUGGACACGUUGUUUACCAUGGAAAUAUGUAUUUUCAUAAUGCAGGGACAUCCAGAGUUGUGAAAUUUAAUAUGAAAACCAGCAGAUUACAGACACUGGCCAUUGAAAAUGCCCUGUACCGGAAUCUGACCUAUCUCUUUCACAAUUCCAAGACAUACUUCAAGUUCACUGUGGAUGAAAACGGACUGUGGCUCAUAUUUGCCUCUGAUGUUUAUGAAACCAUAAUGGUUGCAAAGUUGGACCAUAAAAGAUUCUUUGUGUUGUCAGUUGUGAACACAUCCUAUCCUAUACGGAAAGCUGGAAACGCCUUCAUAGUGUGUGGAGUUCUGUAUUUGACUGACGCCAAAGACUCAAAAGUGAUCCACGCCAUUGAUUUAAUGAGAGAGAAAGAUUUCCAUGUAAGCUUGAAUCUCAGACCAACCCAUGGCAUUAUGGCAAUGUUGUCAUAUUAUCCUAACAAUCAGCUACUGUAUAUGUGGGACAACAGUUGCUUGAAAAUGUGCACAGUACAUUUUGCAUAGGCCUAUAGUCAUGAACCUAAUGCUUGUCAAGAAACUACAAAAAUUGUUUAAUGGCUUUGGUUGGA